UAAGAUGGACAAUCCAAGGAAGAACACCACAGAACACAGCACCAUAAGGAGAAAGCAGUUUCUCCAACAAGAUAUCCAACCGUGGAGACAGAGAGCAUGCUUUGCAUUUUGCCAGUUUCCUUGCUAGACAAAGAACACAGAUGUAUUAGUUAUUUACAUAUUAACACAAUCCUCACAAUGUGGUAUCUAUUUGGGCCCCACACUCGGCAAAACAAUGGACUUGAACCAGAGCCAGAAGCCGCUGUCCUCAGGUUUAGGGGAGAGACAGCCUGACUAGAGACAGUAAGAUUUGGUCCAAGGUCCAGCCUGGAGAAUUCAUAGCUAAACAAGAUUCUUCUUCUAACAGCUCCAGGGCUGAGACCACUUCUGUCCUUUUUUAUUUGCUUAUUUAUUUAUUUUGCCCUGGGAGCAGUAAUGGUCUCCCUUUCUCUUAGGGUAGAUGGGAGCUGCCUAUGGGAAUGCUGCAGCUCUUCCUAGUAACCAUGGGAACCUUAUUGGCAUGGCAACCUGGCAGCCUGUGAAAGACAGCCAGGAGAGUAGCAGCACCAGGAAAGGAAUAAGGGCUGGAGGCACACACAGAAAGAUCUCACAGCACAGGAGCAAAUUCUGACACUAAGUUUGGAUCACAGGCAAGAUACCACCCAGAGCUUUUUGAGAGCUCUGAGCCCCAAAACAUCUUUGGAGUUCUGGGCCCUAUGGUUUACAUGACAUGAUCUGGUAUUAAAAUGGUGAAUAUAGUGGCUCCGGCUCUCACCGUCAUUGCAGAACACUGAGCUUCCUAGAGACAGUGCUGGGAUGAGUGAGAGCUAGAUACACCUUGGGCAACUCUGUACCACAGUAAAAAGAAACAACUAAACAUGAGCAAAGGAACUCCUAAGAAGCCAAGAGGCAAACUGUUAACAUAUGCAUCCUUGCUGCAAACUUUGUGGGAGAAUAAGAAGCAGCACCCAGAUGCUGUAGUCUGCUUCUCAGAGUUUUCUAAAAAGUGCUCAGAGAAGUGGAAGACCAUGUGUGUUAAAGAGAAAGAAAAAGUGAAGACAUGGCAGAGGUGGACAAGAUCCAUUAUGAAAGAGAAAUGAAAACUUAUAUCCUUCCUAAAGGAGAAACAAAAAAGAAGUUCAAGGACCCCAAAGCCUCCAAGGGACCCCCUAUGGCGUUCUGUUUUGUUCUGAGUAGUGCCCAAAAAAUCAAAGGAAGACACCCAGGCUUGUCCAUUGGCAAUACUGAGAAGAAACUGAGAAAGAUGUGGAAUAACAUGGCUGCUGAAGAUACAGCCUUGUGAAAAGAAGAACACGAAGAGCUUAUGUUGCCUACUAGGCUUAGGAAAAACCUGAUGCAGCAAAAAAGCUGGGAAGGCUGAAAAAGCAAAUAAAAUAAAAUAAAAUGAAAGCAGAGGAAAGAAGAGGAAGACAAAGUGGAGAGUGAAAGGGAAGAGGCAGAUGAAGAUAAAGAUGAUAAGUAUUUGACUCUAGCACAGUUUUUUCUUGUCUAUAAAGCAUUUGACAUCCCUGUAUCCAACUCACUCCUUUUAAAGAAAAAAAUUUGAAAUGAAAACGAAUCUUGAAAGUUGCUAUAGUUGUAUUGUGGUGCAAGAAUGGAGGCCCCACUGGUGAGUUUGGACGAAGAGUUUGAGGACCUUCGGCCCUGCUGUUCUGAGGACCCGGAGGAAAAGCCCCAGUGUUUCUAUGGCUCAUCUCCCCACCAUCUAGAGGACCCCUCCCUCUCUGAGCUUGAGAAUUUUUCUUCUGAAAUAAUCAGCUUCAAGUCCAUGGAGGACCUCGUGAAUGAAUUUGAUGAGAAGCUCAAUGUCUGCUUUAGGAACUACAAUGCCAAGACCGAAAACCUAGCUCCUGUGAAGAACCAGUUCCAGAUCCAAGAGGAGGAAGAGACCCUUCAGGAUGAGGAGGUUUGGGAUGCUCUGACAGACAAUUACAUCCCUUCACUCUCAGAAGACUGGAGGGACCCAAACAUCGAGGCUCUGAAUGGCAACAGCUCUGACACUGAGAUUCAUGAGAAGGAAGAGGAAGAGUUCAAUGAGAAGAGUGAAAAUGAUUCUGGUAUCAACGAGGAGCCUCUACUCACAGCAGAUCAGGUAAUUGAGGAGAUUGAGGAAAUGAUGCAGAACUCACCGGACCCUGAGGAGGAAGAGGAAGCUCUGGAAGAAGAGGACGGAGGAGAAACCUCAUCCCAGGCAGACUCCGUCCUCCUGCAGGAGAUGCAGGCCUUGACACAGACCUUCAACAACAACUGGUCCUAUGAAGGGCUGAGGCACAUGUCUGGGUCUGAGCUGAAUGAGCUGCUGGACCAGGUGGAAGGUGCCAUCCGUGACUUCUCGGAGGAGCUGGUGCACCAGCUGGCCCGCAGGGACGAGCUGGAGUUUGAGAAGGAAGUGAAGAACUCCUUCAUCACGGUGCUCAUCGAAGUUCAGAACAAGCAGAAGGAGCAACGGGAACUGAUGAAAAAGAGGCGGAAAGAGAAAGGACUAAGCCUGCAGAGUAGCCGAAUAGAGAAGGGAACCCAGAUGCCUCUCAAGCGCUUCAGCAUGGAAGGCAUCUCCAACAUCCUGCAGAGCAGCAUCCGCCAGACCUUUGGCUCUUCAGGAACCGACAAACAGUACCUGAAUACGGUUAUCCCUUAUGAGAAGAAAGCCUCUCCUCCCUCCGUGGAAGACCUGCAGAUGCUGACAAACAUUCUCUUUGCCAUGAAGGAGGAUAAUGAGAAGGUGCCUACUUUGCUAACGGACUACAUUUUAAAAGUGCUCUGUCCUACCUAACCUUGCCUUUGGAGCAGCCUGGUUGCAGGAGGUCACUGAGCAAGAGUCAUUCCAUCACGGGGACUGCAUGACACCACGUAACCUCCGACGUGUAUUUAAACGUGUAUAGCUUAACCUGGAUUAAACAUGAGCAAUUGCGCGGGUCCUUUGCCGUUGGCUUCUAGUGCUAGCAAUCAUUGGAUGCAUGAUAGGGGCGCAGGGCCGGUGAUGUCGCCUCCUCUCCGCCUAUGUCAGGGAAGGCAGAAGCUCUCACCGCUCAUUAUAUAGUCUGGCUCCAGCCCUCAAAAACAGCUUAUACUCUAAGACUAAUUUUGAAAUAAACCUUCAUUUAAUUAA